CCUUUGCGUUAAUCCGGCUCUGGUUGCAGCAUCAGUCGCUGACCAAGGAAUUACUGGGGAAGUUGGCGGUAGACGGGAGCUAUUGACAUGUCACAGGAAGAUGCUCAAAAAUUUAGAGCACAUGGAGAAGAUCUCCAUGCUGGCUUUCCAUCCAGUUAAGAUGCACAGCUGCUAUGAGAAGGUGGUGAACCUGAGCCUUGAGGGUCUGCAGCAACAGUUUGACGUGAGCAGCCCGUCAGUGUUUGUCCAAAGGGCCCAGAUCCCCAUGAGAGAGAUGUUUGAGCAGAUCCUUCAUCAGAGUCUCGAGUCUCAGAGGAGCUGUGUAAGAUCAUCCAGCACUGCCAGGACAGAGUCAUUAAGGUAAUACACAAAGAAAACAGGCUUGUGCAUCAAAU